GAUUCAAAGUGAUAUAUGUGGCCCUAUUCAUCCCACUUCGGGACCUUUUCGAUAUUUUAUGGUAUUGAUAGAUGCUUCCACUCGAUGGACAUAUGUGUGUUUAUUGUCUACUAGAAAUCAGGCUUUUCCAAAGCUCCUUGCUAAAAUUAUUGAAUUAAGAGCUCAAUUUCCUGGUUAUCAAAUUAAAACUAUUAGAAUGGAUAAUGUCGGUGAAUUUACAUCGAAAGCUUUUGAUGAUUACUGCAUGUCACUGGGCAUCGAAGUGGAGCAUCCGGUACCUUAUGUCCACACACAAAAUGGUCUAGCUGAAUCACUCAUUAAGCGCAUCAAAUUAAUUGCUAGACCAUUGUUACAAAAUUCCAACUUACCAAUUUCAUGCUGGGGACAUGCAAUUUUACAUGCUGCUGCCCUAAUUCAAAUCCGACCUACUGCAUAUCAUGAUUACUCCCCUAUACAACUAGUGCGUGGUAAAGAACCUAACAUUUCCCAUCUGCGAGUAUUUGGUUGUGCAGUCUAUGUUCCCAUCUCACCAUCACAGCGUACCUCUAUGGGCCCUCAUCGAAAACUAGGUAUAUAUAUUGGCUAUGAAUCUCCGUCUAUUCUAAAAUACCUAGAGCCCAUGACUGGGGAUCAAUUUACAGCGAGGUACGCUGACUGCAUAUUCGAUGAAGAGAAUUUUUCGGCAUUAGGGGGAGAUAAAAGCCCAAACAUAAAUAAAUGCCGAGAAAUUUCUUGGAAUGUAGAAAAUCUACAAUAUUUCGAUCCACGCACCAAUCAAACUGAACUUGAAGUUCAAAAGAUAAUUAAUUUGCAAUAUUUAGCAAAUAAUCUGCCAGAUGCAUUUACUGAUCAUAAAGGAGUGACCAAAUCUCAUGUACCUUCAAUAAAUGCUCCACAACGAGUGGAAGUCCCCAUAAAAUCUAAUAAUCCUGUAGAUGCUCCACGCCAGAAGCGUGGUAGACCCGUUGGUACAAAAGACAAUAAUCCGCGGAAAACGAAAUCUAAUAAGAAUGUUGAAUCACUCCCGAAAUCUCCAGAAGAAAAUCGUCCAGAAGGCGAAAAUCCUAGUUUAAAUGCACGUGCAACAAAUAAUAAAAAUACUAGGAUU